AUGAAAACACAAUUGAAGAUAGCAACAAAAGGAGGCAAACAGGAAAAUGAUGAAGCAGAACCAGUAUCUCCUACUGGACAAUACUUCAACAGCAAAGUGUUGUCUAUUUGUAUCAUUGCUGUUCUGGAGACUGAAGUUCCCAUAAAUGAAUCUUGUGUAAUGCCACAACUUCGAGAUGUCUUCCUACCCCUGAACCAUAGAUUUUCAUCUAUCAUGGUAUCUGACAAGAAAGAUGUAAAACAAUGGAAGCGAGUGGAAGUGAACAUGCAAGAUCAUGUUGUUGUCCCUAGCUUCCCUGAUGGCUUAUCGGUUGAGUCUUACACCGAUUACUUCGAUGAAUAUCUGACGAAAAUCACUGCAGAUCAAUUACCACAAGAUAGGCCUUUAUGGGAACUUCACAUAUUCAAGUACCCAACAAGCAAAGCAGCUAAUCAUAUAAUCUUCAAGCUUCACCAUUCACUUGGUGACGGCUAUUCUCUGAUGGGUGCACUUCUGUCCUGCCUGCAAAGAGCAGAAAACCCUUCCCUUCCAAUAACUUUUCCUUCAACUCAAGCAACCACAAAAGUCAAGAACAAUAAUACAAUGGAGUUCAUCAACUGGAUGCCAAGAAUUAUGUCGUCAAUCUACAAAGGAGCCUGUGAUUUUGGAUGGAGUUUUCUGAAAAGUACCUGCAAGGCAGAUGAUAAGACACCCAUCAGAUCUGAGAAUAAGGGUCUGGGCUUCAACCAAAUCAAGAUCUCUACCAUAGAAUUACCCCUAGACCAAAUUAAACUGAUCAAGACAAAAUUAGGCUCAACAGUAAAUGACACUGUUGCAGGCAUAAUAUUCCUCGGGGUUCGAAGAUACAUGCAAGAAACUGACAUAGAAUCCAGCCAUUCGCAAUCAACAGCAUUGGUGCUUCUAAACACAAGGAACAUUGGAGGUUAUAUGUCAGUAGAGGAAAUGGAAAAAACACAUUCAUGGGGGAACCAAUUUGCAUUUUUGCAUAUAAUGAUGCCUAAAUUAAUCAACGAGAAAAACUCCAACAUCCUGGAUUUUAUCUAUAAAGCACGUAACCAAAUCAUGAGGCUCAGGAAUUCACCAGCAGUCUACCUCACCGCUCAGUGCCUAGAGCUUAUAAGGAAAUGCAGAGGACCUGAGGCAGUAGCAGAACUCAUCCAUAGUACACUGAAUAAAUCAAGCAUGGCAAUAACAAACAUGAUAGGUCCAGUUGAGCAAGUGACGUUGGCUGAUCAUCAAAUAAAAGGCAUGUACUUCAUGGUUGUGGGCAGUCCUCAGAGCCUGGUAAUAACAAUUAUGAGUUAUGCGCAAACUUUGAGGAUUGGAAUAGGAGCUGAAAAGGGCUUCAUAGAUUCACAGAGAUUGAAUUCGUGCAUCAAGAAUGCGUUCAAUUUAGUAUCAGAGGCAGCUACAAAGACUGGAUAAGAUCAUCAAACAACGAAAAAUGGUCAACAAUUAUCUCUUAGUAUUUUAAGUCAAUAAUUAGUUCAAAUACUACUUAAAAUAUGGGUGUUGUUAUGGGAUGGAUGUGACUAUGCUUAAACAUUUUAAUUAGCUCUAAUCUUUGGGUCAUUUAUAAGGUUGUCUUAAAUUUUCUAUUCUGUAAAAUGCUGAACACAGACGACAAUGGUAAUGUUCAACUUCUAUCUAUAUAAGCUUGUAUUCUUA